GACCAGAGAAAUCCAAAAAAAAAAAAAAUUUGUUUGCAAGGUGACGAGGAAAGGCGUUAGGCAAGAAAAAGCCUAACUCGUUCGAGUGAACUCGCUCCUUUGCAGGCUCAGUCCUUUGAUCUUUGCAGGUAAUAUCGUCGACAUUACAAUUUUCAAAGAGGAACCGUAUCCGGCGUCGUUUCAUCCUCCGAUCUCCAUUCUUUCUUGAGGAUUCAAUAUAGUAAAGUUAAUUCCUCUAUUCUGCUGAGAUUUGAAAAUUCGGGAACCCUUUUUGUGUUUUUGUUUUCAAUUAUUGAUUGUAUUUAGUUGAGCUGGUGAAUUUUGUUUUCUACAACAAUGAGUUUCGUUUUCCGAGGGUCACGAUCGGAUUUAGAGAGUGGAUUUCCUGUGCUUAUUCCGGAGAGGCGUACCGUGCGUGUCCAUGCAGGACGUCCUGUUAAUUCCAACUCUUUUGUGUUUCUCGUUACAGUACUUUUGCUAUUCAUGAUAUUGAAUUCGCAGCAGUUGUCACCUAAUUUUCUGCUUUGGUUGGUGCUUGGGGUGUUUUUUAUGGCAACAACGUUAAGAAUGUAUGCGACCUGUCAACAACUUCAAGCUCAAGCACAAGCCCAUGCCGCAGCAGCAAGUGCACUUUUGGGUCAUACUGAACUACGGUUACAUAUGCCACCAUCAAUUGCAUUUGCAACCAGAGGGCGUCUACAAGGCCUAAGAUUGCAACUUGCUCUUCUUGACCAAGAAUUCGACGAUCUUGAUUAUGAAACUUUGAGAGCACUUGAUUCCGGCAAUGGCCCCAGCUCCUCUUCAAUGAGCGAUGAAGAGAUAAAUGCCCUUCCAGUUCACAAGUAUAAGGUCUCUGCUCCUCAAAGCAAUGACCCUUCAAUGCAACAAGCGUCAUCUUCUAACUCACCUCAGAAGAGGCAGGAUUCUACCAAUCUAGUCAGCAUCAAGAAGGGCUCCGAUGAUGAAUUGACCUGCAGUGUUUGCUUGGAGCAAGUUAAUGCCGGCGAUCUUAUCCGCAGUUUACCCUGUUUGCAUCAGUUCCAUGCUAAUUGCAUCGACCCGUGGCUACGACAACAAGGUACGUGCCCUGUUUGUAAAUUCCGAGCAGGAUCUGUAUGGCAGGAACCCGGUGGAAUAGACGCUUCUUACAUGGUUUAAUUACCUGUUCAUCGAUGUAUCUCACGUACGUGCAUAUAUAAAUUAUAUUAAUUUAUUGGUUGAAGGGCUGUAAUUACUUGAUGACCAAUGAUCAUCGUCAACUAACAAGUAGUGCAAUGAUCUAUUUUUGAUGUUACAAAGCGAAGUGGACUGUUGUUAUGCUUUUA